UGACGCUCACGAACAUUUCCUGCCGCAUCUCAUAAUCCAGACCAAACUCACUCGGAAAGUGGAUACGUGUUUCCCGCUUGCUCUACGAGACCUCACCAUAUCCAACUAUUUUCAGCCAAACAGGAAAUCAGUUCCAGAUCUACCCAACCUACCAUGUCUGAACCAGGUUCUGGUUGUGGUGUUCCAGCCCAGAGAAGCUCACAGCGGGCUCCAGAGUUGCUGUCAGUGAACCUGGGGUACUGCAGUGAAACAGUGGAACUCAAUGUGAUUGUCAAAGAGGAGGAGGAGGAGAGAGAAAUCAAUGAGCGGGAGGAGGAAGAGCGAGAGGAUGACAGGGACUCUGUUGACUCAGGAGAGAUCCCCAACCCAGACUCAGUCAAGGAGCCCAGUUCCACAGCAUCAAGACUGCCUGGUUGUGGGAGUUACCCCUGUCCUCAAUGUGGGAAGUGUUUCAGUCGAGCAGGAGACCUGAAGACUCAUCAGAGAUCGCACAGUGGAGAGAAGCCUGCCAGUACUUUCAAUGUGAUUGUCAAAGAGGAGGAGGAUGAAAAGGAAAUCUAUGAGACGGUAAAGAGAGAAGUUAAGGAAGAGCAGGAACCUAGUGGUGUAGUUGACCCAGAUACAUCAAGACUAUCUGGUCGUGGUCGAUUCCCCUGUCAUCAGUGUGGGAAGAGUUUCCGUUCCUCAGGUAAUCUAAAGAAUCAUCAAAGAGUACACACUCGAGAGAAACCAUUUCACUGUGCCACAUGUGGGAAGAGGUUCCGUGAAAAAUUCAACCUCACGGGACAUGAGAAGGUACAUAGUGGGGAGAAGCCUUACCACUGCACCCAGUGUGGGAAAAGCUUCAAUCGUUCUGGAAGUCUUAAGGAACAUCAAAGAGUACAUACAGGGGAGAAGCCUUAUCACUGCUCUCUUUGUCAGAAGAGUUUUAGUCAGCCAGGAAAUCUUAGGAAACAUCAGAGAAUACAUACAGGGGAGAAGCCUUACCGUUGCUUUCUGUGCGGAAAUAGUUUUGGUUUCGCUGGAAACCUAAAGAAUCAUCAGAGAGCACACUGUGGAGAGAAGCCUUACCACUGCUCUCAGUGUGGGGAGGGAUUCCCUCAACUAAAAAGUCUUAAAAGCCAUCAGAAAAUACAUUUUGGAGAGACACCUGCCUGUACUUUCAAUGUGAUUGUCAAAGAGGAGAAGGAUGAGAAGGAAAUGAGAGAAGUUGAAGAGGACGACAAUAGUGGUAUAGUUGACCCAGAUAUAUCAAGACUGCCUGAUCGUUACAUCUGUCCUCAAUGUGGAAAGAGUUUCAGUACCUCAAGUAAUCUCAAGAAUCAUCAAAGAGUACACACUGGAGAGAAACCUUUUCUCUGCUCCCAAUGUGGGAGGAGUUUCAGUGAGAAAGUAAACCUUAAGAGACACGAAAGAGUGCACAGUGGAGAGAAGCCUUACCACUGCACCACAUGUGGGAAGAGCUUCAAUCAUUCAGGAAGCCUUACAAAUCAUCAGAGAAUUCAUACAGGGGAGAAACCUUUCCACUGCUCACUGUGCGGAAAUAAUUUCCGUUUUGCUGGAGACCUAAAGAAUCAUCAGAGAUCACACAGUGGAGAGAAGCCUUACCACUGCUCUCAGUGUGGCGAGGGAUUCACUCAGCUAAGAAGUCUAAAAAGUCAUGAGAGAAUAUCCAUUGGAGGGAAGCCUGCCUGUGCUUUCAAUGUGAUUGUCCAAGAAGAGAGAGAAGUUGAGGGAGAGGAGAGUGAUGUGAAAUAAACGAAGUGAGGAUACAUAAGCUAACUGUAGGUAUUGAUAUUCACACCUAUCCUAGAAAUUGUGUCUUUUGUGACAACAUGGUCAUGGACAGCACCAUUUAGGGCUAUCUUCAUCUUCUUUUACUUCUAUGAGUAUAUUGGAAGUUCACAAAUAGGCCUGUGGCUGAGUCUAUAUAGGCCUGUAUACUGGGGCUGAGUCUAUAUAGGACUGUUUACUGGGGCUGAGUCUGUUUAUAGUAUAUACUGGGGCUGAGUCUAUAUUUGUCUAUACUGGGGCUGAGUCUAUAUUUGUCUAUACUGGGGCUGAGUCUAUAUAUAUAUAGUAUAUACUGGGGCUGAGUCUAUAUAUAUAUAGUAUAUACUGGGGCUGAGUCUAUA